UUAACUCAUUUGCGCAGGGGGCAAACAUCAGAAAGGAAGAUUAAACAGUGAAAAUACCAGAAAAAUACACACAAAUAACGCAGUUAAUUAGCAUUUCAAGACAUUUAAUCCGCAAUUAAUCGACUUUUCCUGUAUUUUUUCUGUUCAAUUUAACAUCUUAAGAAGACUUCAUCAUGGAACCUGCAAAUUCGUCACAAAACAACAAUGCCGCGAACAAUAAUCGCCUGAAACAAACACAAGCACAAGUCGACGAGGUAGUUGGCAUCAUGCGUGUCAAUGUGGAAAAAGUGCUUGAACGCGAUCAGAAACUCUCGGAGCUCGAUCAACGUGCUGAUGCUUUGCAACAAGGUGCUUCGCAGUUCGAACAACAAGCAGGAAAGCUCAAACGGAAGCAAUGGUGGGCAAAUAUGAAGAUGAUGAUCAUUAUGGGAGUGAUUGGCGUUGUGAUCUUGAUCAUCAUCAUUGUGAGUUUCUUACCCGAGUCUUCCUCAUAAAGCAGUAUUUGACCUUUUCUUUGGGCGGUAAUCGAAAAACGGAUUG